AUGACAGGCUAUUACAACGGUUUGCUGCCUUACGGUGGCCAAGGUGUGCCCUAUGGAGGCUAUAUCAGCAAUGGCGGCUACACAGCCGGAGCGUACUACACCUCGGGAGCGCAAUUACCCUAUUACGGCUACUACGGGCAGAUGGUACCGUCAUAUACUCAGAUUCAGCCGCCAACGACUCGAUAUCAUCAACCUGCUCGUCGUGGCAACUCCGGUGGGCCACGCCGUCCGCAGCCAGCCGCAGACGGGCGUCCCACCUCAACUCGUAAGGUAGCUGCUGCCUCAGCGCCCAGCAACAACGUUGCGUGUGAUAUAUGCAACAUGAGUUUCAAGACUUCUGCGGAGCUGGCAGAUCACGUGGACGGGAUGCACGUACAUUGCGAGGUGGAAGGCUGCGGAUAUUCGGCGCCCGUGGACCUGAUGUCGGUGCACGCGCUGAAACACGUUAAGAAUCAGCAAGGCGAGUACAUCUUGGAGUCAGUGGAUGAAACUCGCAAGUGGAUAAACAACCGGCGGAUUCGCCAUCCUCUGAAUCGUCACCGUGACAUGUCUGCGACGGAAGACUCCACGCUGGAGCGUUUGUUACGUGAUGCUUAUCGCAAGGUGAGGAAAGACGCACCUGCCAAAAGCGUGCUAUAUCCAGUUAUUUCUAAGGUUCGGCCGCGUCCUAGUGCGUUGCUGUACCUCAGCGACCCAGUGAAGUACCAAAAUCUGCUGCGCCAGUCGACGGGGCCGUACUCGUACAGGGCGUCGCUUUCUAUGGGGCGUGCCCAAUGCCAAAACUUCAAGCGAACACGGACGUGCAAGUUUGGGGACAAUUGUACCUACUCGCACAACGUGCAGGGUGGGUCGUUCCGUGAACUUUCGGUAACGAAGCGCCCUCCCACGUUGCUGCAUGUGCUGAAGAAUGACAUAUUCAACGCAGACAAAAUCCUGGUUAGUGCCAUAAGGACUCUAGUAUCGCUGGAUUUCUUCGAUAGCCCCGAUGAAGAGCUAUGCGUUGCAAGUUCGACGGCAGCGGAAAGCGGCUCGUCGCUUUCGUCGGAAAAGCCUCCCACGUGUCAAACCUGA